AGCCGGAAGAGCUCUGGUAGUUAGCUCACUAGCUAGGGACUUGCUAACUCCAUAUUUUGGGGUCUUAUGGCCACUUUAUGACGCUAAUUUUAAUCACAUCGUUUCUAUCAGCUAUUGACGUGAUGUUUAAGCAGAAGUAAAAUUAAGGACAUGGCUUUAUGAUAAACAUCUGUCUGAAGAGGCAGGAAUCAGUCUGAUGAGGGGGCACCUACGACUGUCAGGAUGCAGCAGAAAAGAAAUAUCCAGAUCAUCGAGUGGGAAGACCUCGACAAAAGGAAGUUUUACUCCUUCGGGGUGUUCAUGACGAUGACCAUCCGGGCCACAGUCUACCCGGCCACACUGAUCCGCACUCGACUGCAAGUGCAGAGGGGGAAAUCGCUCUACAGCGGCACCUUUGAUGCGUUCUUCAAGAUCCUGCGGGCGGAAGGCGUGAGGGGCCUGUAUCGUGGCUUCAUGGUCAACACCUUCACCCUCAUCUCAGGCCAGGCAUACAUAACCACCUACGAGCUGGUGAGGAAGUACGUUUCCCAGUACUCUGAGGAUAAUACGGUGAAGUCCCUGGUGGCGGGCGGCUCGGCCUCCCUGGUUGCUCAGAGCAUCACUGUCCCCAUAGACGUCGUGUCUCAGCAGCUGAUGAUGCAGGGCCAAGGGCAGCACCUCACCCGCUUCCGACUCAGUUCCGCCGAGACAGUCAAGUCAAAAAAGGUGUUCGGCCAGACCAGGAACAUUAUGGCCCAGAUUUUUGCUGUUGAUGGCUUGCGGGGUUUCUACAGGGGUUACGUGGCUUCUUUACUCACUUACAUCCCAAACAGUGCGGUCUGGUGGCCUUUCUACCAUUUUUAUGCUGAACAACUCUCUAAACUGGCUCCCAGUGACUGCCCUCAUCUGAUCCUACAAGCCAUGGCUGGACCUCUGGCUGCUGCUACUGCCUCGACUGUCACUAACCCUAUGGAUGUAGUCAGAGCCAGAGUACAGGUCGAGGGGCGUACCUCGGUCACUGAGACGUUCAGGCAGCUGAUCAAAGAGGAGGGCUUCUGGGGAUUGACCAAAGGACUGUCGGCGCGCAUCAUUUCAUCCACACCCACUGCCAUCGUCAUGGUGGUCGGCUAUGAGACACUAAAAAAACUGAGUCUGCGACCGGAGCUGGUGGAUUCGAGGCACUGGUAGGAGUCACCUGGACGGGCAGUACAUGGACCACACGCCAUUUUAUCCCUCAUCCAUGAAUAAGAGUUGCUGUGAAAGCACUGGGUGAAAGAACAGCUGGGGAACAAGAUGAAGUUUAAACACACAAACUGAGUUUAAAUCUGUUUUAAACCAUUCAAACUAACCUAUUACUUACAAAUGAAUAGUUUGGCCGUUAAAGUCCAUCACCAGGUUUUCAGUUUGUAUGUGUUGCUGCUGAACGUGGUCUGUUUAGUGCAAAGUGUUGAAUGCAGUGUUUCAGAAAAUGAAAGCGACCUAAUUUAUUUUAUAUAUUUGGAGCGUCUUUGCAGUGGGUUGUUGAACCUUUUUAACUGAUCGCUGACAGUUAUUACACUUGAUAGUUUGCACAAUGGUUAUUGUCGUAACCCGUGUCUGUGCUACCAAAGCCCAGAAGUGUUUUGAUGCUGGUUUCAGAGCAACGUCAUACAACUCAAGAUGGCAGAAAACAAACCUUCCCCGAGUGUUUGUUUUCCUUCUGUUUGCCAAACCGGCUUCUGUGUCCGUUCUGCAGCUCCUGUGUCUCUUAGCCUUUUAAAAAGCUGCCUUCAUAGUAUGAAAUCUAGACAAACAGCGACUCGUGCUUUUUGUUUUUAUUUGCUAAAUACGCGCAGAGAAGAACUUCUGGCAGUUUUAUGGUGAUUUUAAAUCGUCCUGUACGUGUCUGAUUCCACUCAUAACGUCACACGUGCUGGACAACAUUUGAUCGAUAUAGUUUCUGAGUAUGCAGUCUUAUUGGCAUUGUAGAAAACUGGUUAAUAAUUGGCUGAUUGUGUAUUUCAAUUAUGCUGAACUUCCAGUUAAAACCUGUGAGGUAUUCAUGGCCGUAACCAGAACGAAAGCCUCUUGAGACACUAUAUGCUUUAAGUGCAAUAAUGUAAAUGUUUUGUCCUUUUCAGCACAAGAUGUGACUAUAUUCCCUGUGAGUCGUGUGAAUAACAUCUUAAAAUAACUCCUAAUUUAUUUGUUUUGGGUCUUUUUUUUUUUUUUUCUUCAGGUUUUUGACAAAAAGUCAAAAUGUCACUUUGUUCUUUUUAUGUUUCUCUAAUAUGAAGAACUAUUGUUGCUUUUCUAUGAAUGUUUUAACUUUAGGGAAUCGAUUUUAAGAUAAAAACGAGAAAUUUUUUAAAGUAAUCAGGUAUUGUCAGUUUGGAGAAGUGAUUAUAUUUUUUAUGUGACGUUAAAAGUUGUCGCUUCUUCUGUUGACAUUUACAAAUGGAGAAAGUAGGAGGAAAUCGAGGGGUUUACUUGGAUUGGGGAAAAAUUACUGAAUCUGGAAGUUUGUAUAGAUCAAGCCAUAGCUGCUCAUGUUUUCUGAGGAUAUAUAUAUAGAUACAGACAUAUAUAUAUAUUUGUCCAGGCCAAGAUGUGUCCAGUUUAACUCUGGAAUCUAAGUCAAAACCUGUACACCUCCUGGGAGACAAAAGAUUCAAUGAAAACUGCUGUAAUAAGAUUAACUACAGUUUUAAUUUUCCCUUUUUUUUCCUUUUUUUUUUGUCUUUGCGCAGCUUCCACUGACACUAAACGUGUGACUAUUGUUUGUAAGUGAGCAGCACCCUGUUGUAAAAUCAGAACCCGACUGCCGCGUGUAGAAAACCUGUGGUUUCACAUUUCGUUGUGUCUGUGUGUCUUUGGGUAUUCGGUCAAUAAAACAUCACAACUCA